UACAACUGCUGUUACCAGUACCACUACUAUUACCAAUUUACUACCGCGGUAACAUUCACACGCGUGCGCACCCGAGAACGCUCGCUGAUGUAUAUUAUUAUAGGUAAACAAAUCGGUUGACCCGGGCCACUCCAGUUGUGUUCGCCGACGUAUCGACAGCGGUCUGCCGCCUCAACAAUAUCGAUCGGCGCGCUACACAGUGCGAUAUUAAUUAAUCAUAAUCGUAUAUAAUUCCCUGUGGCACGUUAUAUAUCACACUCUCUGUUUUUUAACCGCGCGUGUGUGUGUGGCGGCGAAUAAUUCGAUUUCGGCGGUAAAGCCGCUCGUACGGUUUUUCCUUUGGUUUUCCGUAUCGUAAUAAUAUUAUUAUCGUCGUUGCCCGUUCAAAAACGGGACGAUUGCCGCCGACAACGACGACCUAGGUCCCAUCCUAACCCCGGACCCGGAAGAGACGGGGACAACCAAUACAUGUCAUUAUUGAAAAAUUCAGCGCCACCGACUGUUUUUUGGUUUUUUUUUUUAAAUUUUCAUCCGACAACGACAGCACAAUAUUUUCCCCGUUGAUGACGUCCCGGUUCAGUCGCUCCGUUUGACGACAUAACACCUGCAAAGAGGAUAUUAUACGUCGAUGAAUUGAGUCCGAUCACCCGUCAUCGAUUACUCCAACGAAGGAUAUAUCAAUAUAGCAGGUUGCCUAAUGGUUGACACAAUCCUAUGAUGAGUAAUACGUUCGCCGUAUAUACGAAACAUCGUUAAGACACCAUCCUAUAGAAAUAAUCCAGUCCGUGGAUCAGACAAAAAAAAAACACGAGUACUAGUCAUUUCGGAUUAAAACAUGGCGUCUGCUACCCGAAUGGUACUCAUGCACCUACCCAAAAACAAUCCGAUCGACAUCACAUUUACGGACAUCCAGUUCACUGUAGACGUCGGAACGUUGCGCAGAGAAAAAAAACAAGUACUCAAAGGCGUUUCUGGACGCUUCAAUAGUGGCGAACUAACUGUAAUUAUGGGACCAUCUGGUGCUGGAAAAUCAACCCUUCUCAAUAUUCUUACCGGAUUUGAACGCAAAGGAAUGAAUGGCGAAGUCCUGACAAGCCGUGUUGAUGACGAUGACUUGCUAUUAAAUAAUGAUUUGAGAAAAAAGAAUAACAAGGGUCGUACCAUAUGCCGAAAAGAAUCCUGUUACAUAAUGCAAGACGACCAACUGUGCCCACUUUUCACUGUAUUAGAAAUCAUGAUGAUGGCAGCUGACCUGAAACUCGGAUACACACUCUCCUACAAAUCUAAACUUCUUGUAAUCGAGGACAUUCUAGACAGCAUCGGACUCUCCGGCAGCCUUCAUACCAAGUGCGGUAGAUUGUCGGGUGGACAGAAGAAACGCUUGUCCAUAGCUCUUGAACUUAUUGACAAUCCACCUAUUAUGUUUCUUGAUGAACCCACCACUGGUUUGGAUAGUACGAGCUCACAUCAGUGCGUGUCGAUCUUGAAAGGUCUGGCCAAAGGCGGUCGGACAGUAGUUUGCACGAUACACCAACCCAGCGCCAGUACGUACGAAAUGUUCGAUCACGUUUACAUUAUGGCCGAGGGGCACUGCGUAUACCAGGGCUCUAGUCAGAACACCAUACCUUAUUUGCAAACAAUCGGACUUAACUGUCCGCAAUACCACAAUCCGGCUGAUUUCAUUAUGGAAGUAGUGACGGGUGAAUAUGGAAAUUUCACCUCUCAACUCAAAACGGCAGCUAUUGAUAAAUCAUGGCGGACACCACCUCAAAUCGCCGAUUCACGUAAUUUAUUAAAAAGAAAAUCUAAGAACCCUGGUCCGACUUCAUUGGUCUUAGUCAACCAGCCCUCCGAAUUCAAUAAACUAUUAGUACUAAUACACAGAAGUUUAAUGCAGGUCUACAGAGAUUGGACGGUUACUCAUAUAAAAGUAUGUAUGCACUUCCUCGUCGGAAUUUUACUGGGGCUCUUGUUUGAAAACGCCGGCAUCGACGGUGGCAAGACCAUCAACAAUAUCGGAUUCUGUAUUGUAACACUUGUAUACUUAAGCUACACGUCCAUUAUGCCAGCUAUUUUAAAAUUCCCAUCCGAACUUCACAUUUUGAGAAAAGAGUUGUUUAACAACUGGUAUAAGCUAUCGACAUAUUUCGUAGCGUUUCUCGUCACGAAUAUGCCUUUACAGAUGAUGUUUUGUUUUAUUUACACAUCGAUUUCUUACUACUUGUCAGCACAGCUGAUGACGUGGACCAGAUUCUUGAUGUUCUUAUUUGUUUGUCAGUUAAUGACCCUAAUAUCUGAAGGCAUUGGCCUUAUUCUCGGCACAGCCAUGAACCCAGUUAACGGAGUCUUCAUUGGUUCGAUCAUCACUUGUCUGUGUAUUCUCUUCGCCGGUUUCUUAGUACUUUUCAACCACAUGCCCAUCACCUUGUACUAUGUGUCUUACAUCAGUUAUAUGAGGUAUGCACUAGAAGGGCUGGUCGUCUCCAUUUACGGUUAUGGUCGUGAACCUCUGAUAUGUUUUGACGAAGAAGGUUACUGCCAUUACCGCUUCCCGGAAACGACAUUCAAAGAGAUCGGUAUGACCGAUGGAAAAUAUUGGACGGACAUAUCAGUGAUGGUUGGAUUUUUGUUUGUCAUUGUGAUAAUUAGUUUUUUGACUUUACGAAAAAGUUUGAAAUGUCGUUAA